UCCGCCGGGGGGCCGGAGCGCGGAGCAGACCCCCUCUGGUCACCGGAUCGGCGGCAGCUGCUUGGCCCCGGAGCUAUUUUCACCCUGAGGAUAAAGUGAUGUGCAGCGCGGCCCCGGAGGCUCCAGUCAGAGAGCAGCAGCGAGGAACAGCGAGGAGCAGAGAGAGGAUGAAGUGCACAGGCAACGCGCAGCCCGACGGCUUCAACUCCGACCUGGAGGACCUGGACAGUGGCAGCGACAGCUCGGACGGGAAGUCCACCGGAGACUGCAGCCCGCGCAGAGACCCGGGGGAGGAGGGAGAGGCCGGUGUACUGAGAGGCAGGAGAAGGAGAAGGCGGAGGCAUAGCAGCAGCUGUGGCGGUGGAGACGGGUGUCUCGCCGGGGUAAGCAAACAGAGGCAGGCAGCCAACGCGCGGGAGCGGGACCGGACGCACAGCGUGAACACGGCCUUCACGUCGCUGCGCACCCUCAUUCCCACAGAGCCCGCCGACAGGAAGCUCUCCAAGAUCGAGACGCUGCGCCUGGCCUCGAGCUACAUCUCGCACCUGACCAACGUGCUGCUGCUGGGGGAGGACUGCGGGGACGGGCAGCCCUGCCUCGGAUACCCGAGCAUCCUGCACGGCGGCGCCGCCUCCCUGAGGCCCAUCUGCACUUUCUGCCUCAGCAACCAGAGGAAGCUGCUCAGAGAUGGAGGGAAACACUCGGGGUCUUUGUGAAACGGACACACCUCCACCUGGAUGUUGUUUACACACACCUGUAGGACUUUGUACAUAUAUAAAUAAUAAUAUAUUUAUUUUUGGAUUAGCCUAGAGAAAAAAAUCAACACUGAAAAGCACUUUCUGCUCACGCUGCUUGGUGUGCCUCUGAAUCUGUGUUUUGGUUGUAACCUGAGCCCAUGUGUAAAGUUGCACCUGACGGAGGGGUGGUAUUUUGGUCCCACGAAUAGUACUAACCCCCACCCCCUCACACACCAACACCUAAAUAAAAAGCCUCUCCGCCUUCAGUCACAUGCAGAAACUAAAGAGCAGCGACUGCCGCUGUCAGUUCUGCAAACGCUGCCUUCAAGGGGCGUCAGAAAUACAGCAUUAUUCAGGGUCACUGUAAAGGAGAGCUUCUGAACUCGUCUGGCGAAGGAAGGCACUGCAUCAACACUGAAAUUAUGCACUAUAAAAAUAUAUACAACCACCUCAGGAAUCAGAACAGUUCUCUCUUUUUUAAAUAUUACGUAUCAAUGUUCCCUCAAAUUAUUAGACGUCUGAUUCAAGGAGUCCCUUUUUGCAUUGGACCUUUAAUGAGACGAAGCAGAAACCUUUAAUUAAGUUUACAUUUCUUUUGGAGCUUUGACAACAGCAGGGAUUGAAUGCUCUUUUAUUAUAGUUUGGAGUUUUUGGAGCAAGAUUGAAGUCAUUUGAUUAUAAUCAUUUUAAAAACUGGAUGUUUAAAUAAAGUUUUAGGCAUUUAAACUCAAAUCUUUUCACAAAAAAUACGAGAUUUGUUCCCAAUCUGAAGAGGAUGACCCCAAAUUACGAGACAAUCUUUACUCUUUUGUUCUUCUCAUCUGUUUUGGCCUAAGAGGAAGUGUUCAGAGAAAACAUAUUUCCUAAUGUUUGCUUUUGCAUAGUUGCACAUUCACUUUGAAAAACACAGCUGUGACAUGUGUUCACAUAGCACGCAUCAGGUUGCACUCAUCUGGAGAAACAGAAAUAUAUCAUUGAAGUGGAUCCCUGGAUAUUUAUUUUUGCAGCACAUAUGGAUGAACAGGUUGCACACUACCUCAGAGCUGUUUGAAUAUGAAGGCCUACCUCUAAAUGGAAUGUGUCACAUGACAACCAGAAUGCACUUUGCACAUCAGAUACUGACGAGCUGCUUGAAGAGUAUUUUUGUACAAUACAAAUAAAGAUGAGAACAAUGAACUGUC